AAACAGUCUACCAACCACUGCCACGUUUUCAUCUAUUGGUAAACAUCAGCUGCUGGUUGGUCUUAAGGGAGGAAGACAGAAUUAGUUCCAGAUGGAGGACGUGUUCAGCCCAUUUAAGACUUUCCAGGUGAUUUAAGACAGCAGGUAGAAAAAACGGAACGGACCACAUGAAGAAGGAUGUGAAGUUUAUUUUUAUGCAAGAUGUUAUUUGGAGGACCAAGUACACUUUUUCAGGCCAUGGGAGAUGAAAGACUAAUCACAUGAUAUUUUUGUUCCGUCAAAGUGCUGUUCUGUGCUAAGUCAAUGUUGGUUUGUAUUAAGGACAAAUACUAAUUUCUUAAUGUCAGCAUGUCGACUGUGACAAGUGCUCAGACACUGGAGGAACCUAAUCCUCCCCCCGUUGAAGAAAAGCCAAAGGGAAAAUCACUAUUUCAUUUGGGCUCACUCUUUGCUAACAGGAGUGAAAAAUUCGUAAUUGCUAGGAGUGAUAGUGUACCAGAGGAGAACGUUCUGAAAAUAACUAUCACGGAGACUACGGUCAUUGAGUCGGACUUGGGCAUCUGGAAUUCUCAUGCUCUCAUCUACCUCACUUUGUGGUUUUUCUUCAGCUUUUGCACUCUUUUUCUUAACAAAUACAUUCUUUCGUUACUGGAAGGAGAGCCCAGCAUGCUAGGUGCUGUUCAAAUGCUUUCAACCACCUUCAUUGGCUGCAUAAAAAUGUUUGUUCCAUGCUGCUUGUAUCAGCACAAAACACGCAUCUCUUAUCCACCCAAUUUCAUCAUGAUAAUGCUAUUUGUUGGAUUAAUGAGAUUUGCAACAGUAGUCUUGGGUCUUGUCAGCUUGAAAAAUGUGGCAGUUUCAUUUGCAGAAACUGUUAAAAGCUCUGCACCUAUUUUUACUGUUAUCAUGUCUCGGAUGAUAUUAGGGGAAUACACUGGAUUGCUGGUUAAUCUCUCUCUCAUUCCUGUUAUGGGUGGGCUAGCUCUAUGUACAGCUACCGAAAUCAGUUUCAACAUUCUAGGUUUCUCGGCAGCUUUAUCUACUAAUAUCAUGGACUGUUUGCAAAAUGUCUUUUCCAAAAAACUACUCAGUGGAGAUAAAUACAGGUUUUCAGCUCCAGAGCUUCAGUUCUACACAAGUGCUGCUGCAGUGGUUAUGCUUAUUCCAGCUUGGAUAUUUUUCAUGGAUGUGCCUGUGAUUGGGAAAAGUGGGAGGAGCUUCAGCUACAACCAAGAUGUUGUUGCACUUCUCUUAAUAGAUGGAGUUUUGUUCCACCUACAAAGUGUUACAGCCUAUGCCUUGAUGGGAAAAAUUUCUCCUGUGACUUUCAGUGUUGCUAGUACUGUGAAGCAUGCGCUGUCAAUCUGGCUAAGUAUUAUUGUGUUUGGUAACAAAAUCACAAGCCUCUCGGCCAUUGGGACUGUUCUAGUGACAAUUGGAGUUCUGCUAUAUAAUAAGGCAAAGCAGCAUCAGCAAGAGACUAUACACAGCCUGGCAGUUGCAGCCCCGCAAUCCGCACAAAGUACAACUGAAGAUACUGAGCCACUAAUUUCCAAGGAUUUGGAACCGUAUGAUUAAUAUGGCCAUUUAUUCUUCCAACCUAGUGUAACUCAAAGGAAUUCUUCCUGAGAGUGAUUGUUUCUUCAACUGUUGAUGCUGAUUUGGUUCCUUUGAGCUCAUGGCAGGUCAAGCCUGGGACUUGAAGCAGAGAAAAGACAAUGGGAAAAAUCCAGUAAGCCUUUAUUUACUGAGAAACUGAUAUACCAAACAGAGGUCCUAGUGACACAUAAUGUGGUAAAUGUGGGCUUUAUUGUCUUUCCUUGACUGCAAGUAACAUAAAAGCCUAUAUUUGAGAAAGAACUUCAGUGUUUUGUGGGAAAAUGAUUCCUUUCUCCCUGCCCAUCAAAACAGUGUGAAAACAUGGACCCAUCACUGUAUUCUGCUUGCUUGCAGUGGAGUGAAAUUGGCAUAUGACUGAAAUUCCCAGUUGUUGCUCUAUGCUGCUUGCAUCUUCCAUUAUUUGUGUGCAUUGUAGAGCUGGAAGAAGGACCACCCUCCUCUGCCAACAAAUGACUUAUUUUGGUAUACAUUUAGUUGAAGUAAACUAUGGAAAUGAGUCCCUG